GAUACCUUAACUAAAACGAUCUAUGGAUCUUCUUCAUCAGACUAUGUAGUGUACUUUUCAUGCCACACCUCCUUAAUAUAAGAUACACCAAUCCUGACAUCUUUUCUCAUAUGUACCUGUCUACAUUCUAAAUUAAUUGGUAUACAUUUGUCACAAUAACGAGACACACCGGGAUUUAUUUAUAUAUACCAUCCAGUUCCGUUCCUGUACAGGCUCAAAUCCUACGGUUGCAUGCCCAGCUACGCUAUGUUAGAGCCAUGGGAUGAGGUCAUCGCCCUUCAGAGGGAGCGACAGCUCUGCGCCGAUGAUGUGCAAAAUGUCAAAACUUCUUGUAUGAAGGACCACAACAAGAAGCAUCCAAUUGAGUGCCCAGAUUGCUGGACUCGCCUGCUCAAUCGAAUAAGAGAUCGAUAUCUCAACUCUGCUUCCAAGGAAUGGUUUUCAGGCCGACGGCCGUUUCUUCUUGAGCUGGACACCAUGUUCUCCGAGGCUUACAACCUCGAGGUCGACUUUAAGACCAUAGAACAACGCAUAAUGGAUGAGAAGAAGGAAUGGUAUCGAGACAAGGUGAAGAAUCUAGGGCUUCAACACGCGACCAAAUCUCCGUCCGAGGAACGGAUUCUGCAACAGAAAAUCAACGACCGGAGCAUUCCCGUGGACCAGCUCGCUUCGGAAUUGAGGGGGGCCUUUAGCGACGGUCCCGUUCAGAACGAAGAAGCAUUCAACGGUUUUAUAGAACGGUUAAAGCUUGCCAAAACACCCCAGGCAAGGCCAGAAGCUUACAUUGAUAUGUUCUUUCAGCCAAGUCACGAUACCACCAACGCUGCAAAAUAUAGCAAAUACAUCGAACUGGUCAUGAAUGGGUCACCGAUUGCCGACGUUAUGAGCUCCAUAAUCCGGGAUCGACAUUCGGCUGAGAGUAAUCGAGAUCAGCAACAAGCACUUCACAAGAAACUCGAGGAGCUGAAGCGAGCCAAAGCAGCUCAUGAGCUCGAUAAAGCGAGGAGGGACAAGGCCCGACAGGAAAAAGCUAGAGCCGCUGCUCUCUCCGCUAGUCAAGAGCAUGCCCUUCCACCUUGCUCAGCCUGCUCCAAACCUCCAGAUGCACAGGGUUUCAUCAUAUGCCCUUUGUGUCAAAUACUUGACGAGAAUUACGGAUUCCAAGUUGAGCCUGCCAUAUUCUGCUCUCAAGAAUGUGAGGACGAUGUCUACGACCAACACGUGAUUGGAAAACACGAAUGCGCGUCUGGCUGGAGAUGCGUUGGUCUCCACGACGAGGACGUGGAGAUGGAAGACGGGGGGAGCACUAUCGUAUUCUGUCGAGAGUGCAUGGAGACACGGAGUAACCCAUCUACGUUUUGCUCGUCUCGCUGCUUGAACGAGAACUUCCAACAUCACCGCGACGAAGUCCAUCUUCCCGAGCGUAAGCAGUCCCGACGCGAGGUGCACGACGAGACUAGUCUCGAAUUCGAUCCGGAUGAUAGGACGAAAUAUCGGGCUAGGAAGAUUGAGGAACAUCUAGUCACGUUUGACGACGCUAUGACAGAGUGGCAGCGAAAGACGGGUGCUACGGUGAAGUGAUAUAAGUUGAAUGAUAAUGAUAGAGUACCUACAUACAGUCUCCCUAGUAACCUACCUAACCUAGUAUAUAGGUAGGUAUGUACAUAUAUAUAUACUCUAGGCUAGAUGGGUCGAAUUCGAUGGGCAAAAGGAUGGAACAGGUCGAUUCCGAAAAAAAGUCAUAUACCCCUUAAUAGAUGGUAAGUGUCUACCUACAUACCUACCUAAUAGCAGCAGCUCAUAUAGGUAUCCGUCACGGUGUUACACAAAUCUACCCAGCUACAUGACCUAAUAGGUGCAUACAUUUGAUACAUGCAUUAAUGCAUAUCUCCGCUUUUAAUAAAUCCGAGGUGACG